AUGGCCUUGAGGUGCCUCGCAAACGUGGCACGUGGAUGCGAGUGCAACAGCAUCAAUAACGAGGCUUUAGCCGGUCCACUUCCACUCUCGCAAACACCAUUCUUCACCAUGGCGACACACGCGAGACUGCAGGGAGCCCUACCGGAGGAAACUGUCGACACGCAGUGCCGGCGGGCCCAAACAAGACGGAAGCAGGAGAAGCCAAACAAACUGGGUUUCCAUUUUGUCCUGGCCGCGUGUGGCGUCGGUAGUGUCGGAAACAGCGAAUUUUCUUCACCGUCUCCACCUCAGUCGGCUGGCGUCAGGUUCGACCUGCACGCGAACAACCCUCUCCCCACCACCCUCCACUCACGAUUUAUCGUCUGUCCCAGGCUCAGAGACCGUGUGUGGGUGCGUUCGUGUCGUCGAAGCAGGCCAGAACAGGCAGUUUGUGACGAAGCGGUGAGAGGGAGGCAUCGUCUCAACAGGGCUAUAAUUCAACGCUCCAAUCGCAGCCAGAUCAAACAGUCAUUGGAGUCCGCUUCCACUGUCCCGCAGUACUUUCCAGAACACCUGGUUAUCGAAAGCAAUCGAUUCGCUCUGCAAACUUCCUAG